AUGGGUAUUCCCAUAAUUUCUCGUAAACCAGAAUACAUUCAAAAGUCGUGUAGCUACUGUCACACGCUGCUCGAGUUUUCACCGCCAACGCUGAAUGCGUCUACCAAAAUAUCGGUCCUCUGUUACUCCUGUGAAAAAACUUGUAUUUUCGAUAUAAGCCCAGAUGCUACCGCUGCCAACGGCUCGAAACCUAAUUCUAGUAACGCAAGUGGUAUCAAAAAACCAAGAAGGCAUUUUGGGACAGAUAAAGAACCUCUAGAAACUGAACUUUACGAAAUACUUGGUGUUUCACCUACUGCCUCUAGUAAUGAGAUCAAAAAACAGUAUUAUAAACUUGCAUUACAAUUCCAUCCAGAUAAAAACAAAUCACCUGACGCUGAACAACAGUUCAAAAAAAUAUCAGAUGCAUAUCAAGUACUCUCGAACCCAGACUUAAGGAGACGGUAUAAUGAAUUUGGUGGUAAAAAUGAUGUUGAGCCAGAGGGAGGUUUUGUGAAUCCGGAAGAUUUCUUUAAACAACAAUUUGGUGGUGAUCGCUUUGUCGAUAUAAUUGGAGAAAUAUCAAUCGGCAGGGACAUGAAAGAAGUAUUACAAAAUGCAGCGGCGGAAGAGGACGGAGAGAUCCCGGAAGAUGAGAAAUUACGAAGAGAAUCUAAUAAAACGAUUCAGGACGAAGAACGCGAGAAAAUUAGAAAGCAACGUAUUGAUAAAUUGGUAUCAAAUUUAAUAAAUAAAUUAUCAAUGUACGUCGAUGAAAGUGAAACUAAUAACUCUGCUGCCGAAGAGUUUAAGUCUCGUAUUGAAAUGGAGGCAGAGGAGCUCAAAGACGAGUCAUAUGGUGUAGAACUAUUACACGCCAUUGGUUUUACUUAUUCUCUAAAGGCCAAGCAAUAUUUAGGUUCAGAACAGAUUUUCGGUUUACCACGGUUUGGGCAUAUCCUUAGAGAGAAAGGUCAUGUGUUCUCGGAAACCAUUUCGACUUUACGAUCAGCCAUUGAUUUACAACAAUCUUUUAAGGAAUUGCAAAAAGCUGAACAAGGAGGAUUAGAUGCUCAAGAGAAAAGUAAAUUGGAAGAGGCAACAGCAACUAAGGGAUUGACUGCUCUGUGGAAAGGUUCAAAGCUCGAAGUAGAAAGUGUUUUAAGAGAAGUAUGUGAUAAUGUACUGUCCGAUCCAAGUGUGCCAAAGCCUACCGCACGAAGACGUGCUGAAGGGCUGAAAAUCAUCGGUUCAGUAUAUGAAAACGUCAAGGGAGAUAAA